AUGCUCGUCAACUUCCUUCCGACAGGAACACUCUUGAUGUUCGAAAUGGUUCUUCCUUCGAUUUACCAUGACGGAGACUGUAACGGAAUCAACACACUCAUGAUUCAUCUUCUCUUGCUUCUUUGCGCAAUGUCUUGCUUCUUCUUCCAUUUCAACGAUAGUAUCAAAGCCUCCGUUGGUAAAAUCUAUUACGGUUUCGUUACACCGCGUGGACUCGCUGUUUUUAUUCAACCGCCACCGUCUGAUUUCGGAGGCGGAUAUGUGAUUGCGGAAGCGGAGAUUCCGGUGACUGAUGAGAAGUAUAAGUUGAAAAAUCUAGGAUCUGGAAUUGAUGAUGGCUGGUUCGUUAAGUUGCUCGACCAUCCUGAUUUCAUAAGGCAGCUGGUUUCAAGAGAAUUCAUCGAAGCUUGCUUAAUUCUCCUUUAUAGCCUCUGCAUAUUAAGAAGAUUCAGAUUCUUUGUUGAUUCGUCCAUUACAUGUUGUGGUGUUAUUGAAGAAUUGUGUACAUAUUCAGAAGGUAUCUUUAGGCAUCAAAGUCUUCAUAGUCAGGGGGACAUUCUUGAGUUUGUAGUCGUUAUACUCUGCUUAAGCCUUUGGGACGAUGAUUGCUAUGGCCUUCUUGAAUCUGCCAGCUCAUUCGAUGGCUUUCAAGCCACUCCACUUGCUGCUCUAGUUCAGCGUUUAAGCCUCAUUGUCAAGCUUGGUAAUGCUUGUUGUUUUGAGGAUUUGAUGAUCUCUAUUAUCAUGAGAUUGUUUCUAUCAGAGAUUAGGCUCAUCUACAAAUCUCUUUUGCAGCUCCAAGAAGUUCAAUCUGUUGAGAUAUGUUUGUGUUCUCUAAGCUAUGGAAUUGCUGAUGAUAUUUAA